AUGAAUUUCCCAGACAUUCCCACGGGAAGAUCACCCAAAAGAGAACUCCAAGGCCCUCGUCCUUCACCUCUAAGAAUAAACAAGGACUCUCACAAGAUCAAGAAGCCACCGUUGGCGCCACCACCUUCACAACCCCAAGCUCCACCGCGCCAACCCAUCAUCAUCUACACGGUUUCUCCGAAAGUAAUUCACACAACACCAAGUGACUUCAUGAGCCUUGUUCAACGUCUCACUGGCUCUUCGUCCUCUUCUUCUUCUCUUUCCUCUUUUGACUCGUCUAAUAAGGUCACAACUCAACUUUUAGACGGGAAAAGUAGCCAUGAAGGUGCAAUAUCGCCGGCUGCUCGAUAUGCUGCAAUGGAGAAGGCUAGGAUUCCUCAAAGGAUGAAACAACACCCAAUCGGAAAUAGUGGUGAUGAUGGUGGUGGAGGGAUAGAGGUAGAGGUAGGGCUUCAUGGGGUGGAGCGACCAAACAUGUUUCAUGGGAUUUUGUCCCCUGGACCAAAUUCCUUGUCUCCCAUUCCUUCAAACUUCUUCUCGCCCCCUUCAACCACCGAUCCCCACAACAUGGUUACCUUCUUUCAUGAUUUAAGCCCUGUCCUUCACGGUAGCAAAAGUUUUAUGGAGGGUACUUUCAUCUUGCCUAGCCCUUCAAACUUUAUUUCACCUCACACUCCAUCCAUUGACCUUUUCAAUAAUUUCUCAGGUUGA